AUGUUUCAAGUUCCUGUGGAAAAUCUGGACUAUGUCAGAAGUAUGCGGCCAUGGGUGAAGAGCAUUCUUCCAGAGAUUGGACUUGACAGCUGCAAAGGAUUGUUGAAGGACUUUGAAGCCUUUGCCCCAAGUGACAGAUACUUUUAUAAUACAUCUUGGCCAGAUGUUACUCCAGGGAAAUAUAUCACAAAGAAAAUGAGAUACCGUUCCAAGCCAUACUGCUGUAGCCUCUGCCAAUACUCAGCAGAUGUGCUUGUUUCUCUAAGAAAUCAUUUGCAUCGUUGCCAUGAAGAUGAGGUGGACCAAGAGCUGCAGAUCCAGUGUCCAGAUUGCUCAUUUGUUUCAAGGCCUGUUGUUGUGAGCAGGCACUUCUGGUUGUUCCAUGAGCCUGCUGAGAAGGUUCACAGCCCAAAGGAGAAGGUUCUGGACAAUGGGAAGCCAUUGAAGAGUUAUAUAAAACACUUCACAUGUUUAAAAUGUAACUUUUCCAACACUUCCUUCUGUAGCAUGAAGAAACAUGUACUGAACAGCCAUUUUCACUCUUUACUUAAUGCCUACAUUGGCUUUGAAACUCAGGAAGACCAGCAGCAGCCAAAAGCCAGUGAUACUCUUUCUGUGGCGAACACUCCACCACCUGAAAGGUACUACUGUAAGAAGUGUAGUACCAAUAUGUGUAGCCAGGAUGAUCUAUUUUCCCAUAUUUUGACAUCAGACGUACACAAGGAUUUGGAGAAUAAGUUGAGGUCUGUGAUUUCAGAACACAACAAGAGGACUGGGCUUCUGAAGCAAAUGCCCAUUGUUCCAAAGCUAAAGGUAAGCUUAUCCAGACCAUCAAACAGCAGCGUUCCACUCACAACUGCUCCAGCGAAGCCACCUUGGUCCCAUCUUGCCUUGUCACAGAACACUCCAAGUCCAGCCAUGGUGCAGCCAGUGACCUUGGCCCAACCUGUGACCUCUGCCAAUGUACGGCCACCGAUGGGGGUCCCAGGCUCUUCCUGGAGCCGCACCAAUUCUUUGUCAGAUACUGCCCAGUCCCACAUGGCUUUUGUCUCUAGCCCUCUAUCUGUGGGCCAGACCAGUCUCACACUGCAGACUUCAGCUCCCUCAACUGUCUUCUUUUCAGGCAAGGCUUCACCUCAUAAGCCUGUAGUCCCUCCUGCACUACCUGUGAGUCAGCCACUUGGGCCUGUGAAAAAGUCUGUUGGAAUGAGCAAUCACCUGAUGAGUCAAGCCAUCCAACCUGGGAUUUUACCCUUCACACAGCCCAUGGAGCCUGAGCCUACACAUCGGCCGGUGGGACCUCCUGUCAGAUCAGUGGGGCUUACAAGCAGUCCUGGGGUUCUGCAGAACACAUUACCAGGAACGAUAUCUGUUGGUCAGGUUGUCUCAUUGGCAGACCUUCCUGAAGGUCAGAUGACCCCUGCUUCUAUGAUUCCUGCACAGACCAUAGCUUCUGGGGUCCUUCCCACUGGCCAGGCAGUCCAGUCCAGGGGUCUCCAUGUUGGUCAGACAGUCUCAUCACAGGUUCUCCCCUCUUGUCAGACAGUGUCUGUUAGGGUUUUCCCUGCAGAUCAAGUGGUAUCUGGGUUGCAGACCCCCAAGCAGCUGGUGGUCUCAGAUGCCCCUGUGAACCAGGGUGUGAAUUCUGGUAUUCCUCUGCUUGGUCAGCCUGUUAUAUCAGGUCCAUUAGUUAGACCCAGUAUGCUUCAGCUCAGUCAGUCUGUUGGCUCCAGCAUCCUGCCGGUGACCCAGUUAGGGAGAGCUGAAACUAAACAGAACACCACGUUCUUUGAGCCAGGCACUGUCUACAGGAAGCUCCUUCCAACAGGGACACAGGUUAAUGGGAAGCCCAUUUACACGGUGGACCCCAUGCCUGUCAUUCUAUCUGUUCCUCAGGGUGCUAGCCUCAUGACUUCUGUUCCAUCCCAGGUGCCCAACCAGUUCCAAUCCCCCAGUGUGGGUACGCAGAUGUCCAGUGCUCUACCCAGCAUGUCCUCUUCACAGGGGCCAGUAAGCACUGCAGACCAGAACAUACUUGUUCAGGUCUCUUCAUCUGAGCUGGGUAUGAAUUUGGGUGUCAGACAGGCCAAGCAGUGGAAAAUCUGCUCAAUUUGUAAUGUAUUCUUCCCAUCCAAUGUCUACCAGGCUCACAUGGAAGUGGCUCACAAACAAAGUGAGUUCAACUCCAGCGCGAAACUUGAACCAGUAAAGCUGGCAGUGCGUGCACCAUUUCUGAAGUGGACAAGAGAGAAGGUCAUGCGUUGCCUCUUCUGUAAAUGCCUAGUCUCAGAGGGGGAGCUAAUGUACCACUUACUUACACAUGGCUUCGGGUGCCUGUUUUGCCCAUGUACUUUCCACAACAUUCAGGGUUUCUUGGAGCACAGCAGAAUUAAACACCUUGGGAGGAAGAGGCUAUUUUUGGAUUAUAUUAACAGGGGCUUCGAGUUGAGUCUGGAUGCUAAUGGCAACCUUUUGUUCCCCCAUCUUGAUUUCAUUAUCACUCUGCCAAGAGAGGAGAUUGGAGGACAGGAGGUCUGCCUGGCUAUCCUCUCAGGGAUAUAUUCCACAUCACUGGUGCCCUUAUAUGUUAAGGUGAAGCCUCAGGUUAAGGUUGUACCUCAGCUCAGUAAACAAGAGCUGAUCUGUUCCCUCUGCUUGAGCACAUUUAUGACAGCCGAUGCCUACAUACUACAUUUGAAGGACAGACACCAUAUUAUGCCUAUGGCCUAUACGAUGCUGAGUUCUCCAGCCUUCAGGUGUGUCCAUUGUUGUGGAAUCUAUGCUGAAAACUUGACUGUGGCAGCCAUCACUCUUCAUUUGAUGCAUUGUGAACAUGCUCCCAAAGAUAGCUCAGAACUGCAAGUUCAGUCCAGUUUUGUCGAGAGCAGUGAACUACAGUUUGUCAGUGAGGAAAAGAUUCCUGAUUCUACCUGUCCUAUAAAAAGAAAGUGGCCAGAUGGCUAUUUGGGGGCAGAAGACCUGAGGAGGGAUGGGAAGGAUCCCUUACAUGUUUUAAAGGGUAAGACAGCAUCAGAUCCAGAAGAAGGGACUAGUGCUGUGCCUUUGAAGAGACAAAGGAAUGAAAGCACAACUAAAGGACUAGUGGUCAAUGAGGAUUUACUCCAAAUCUUAGCAUUAGAUUUUAAGAAAGACAAAGACUACUCCUCUGAGGAAAAAAAGCAGUUUCUUAGGAAAUAUUUCCACAAGAAACCAUAUCCUAGCAGAAAAGAAAUAGAACUAUUGUAUUUAUUCUUGAAGAUGGAAAAAAUUCAUGUGACUUUGUUUUUUGGAACAAGAAGAUAUAAUUGCUUGAAAGCAAUAGAAGUCUUCAGACCCUCAGUAGUUCUAGGUUUUGAUAUGUCUGAACUUAAAAAUGUUAAGCACAGACUGAUCUUUGAGUAG